AAAUAGAUCCGACCCGAUAAAGGUUCUGGAUCGAGCUUCGAACUUCAAUGGGGAUCGAGGGUUUCUCAUUGCUCCGAUGCAGGAGCGCCGCCUCAAACUAUGCUCGCCUUUUCUCAUCGUCCACCGCCCCGGUGUGGCGGACUGGGAUCCACUCAGAAGAUGAGCGAGAAGUGCGGGAGGAAGAGAGCAGUGUCUACCGGCGCGCUCUCAGGACCCAGCGCCCCGCUACCGUCGGAUAUCAGGAUAUUUUGCGCGACAACUCCGUGAGCUUUAUAGGUACAAUAGAAAAGCCUCUCGAACGCCGCAGAAGCGACAACAUCGGCUUCCAUACUCGACUCAAAGUUGGACCGACCGCCGGCGGUCACCGCCAUAUAUUCCUACCGCUUAUAUUUUGGAAUGAACUGGCGCAAAUAUCGCACCAGUAUCUGAAACCUCAUGAUCUCAUUUACGUGUCGGGACGCCUUGAAUCAUACACGACGAAGAAUGAAAGUGAGAAUCCGAAAUAUAAUUAUCAGGUGAAUGUUGCAGAGGUCAAUUUUGUUCUUCCAUGUAGUCGGAGUCUAGCCAGCAAAAACCUUGUCAAGUGGCAACCAAAAUAUUCAUUCGAAGAUCGAAUGCAGAGGCGAAGAGAUAGGCUUCAUUUGUGGCACAUAUUCUUCGCCAACCCACACGAGUGGUGGGACAACAGAAACCAGAAGUCAAAUCCAAAUUCACCCGACUUUAAACAUAAAGACACCGGCGAGGCUCUCUGGCUCACCCAAAAUGAUCCUCCCUGGGUCAGACAACAACUCCAACUGUAUGAUUCUAGAUCUAGCAAAGAAAGUCGGGGAGCGAACAGAAAUGCAUGGUUGCAUCUGUCUCCUUUGGUUUACGACGACUCGCAAUGAAAGAAAGUGGAAAUGGUGAAAUUAAGCCUCUCAGUUGCUGUUUUUUCGACAAUGUAGAUUGCAAGAACACUGCGACGAAGAAGAAAGAUCUGUUGUACACCCUGAUAUUCGGAUCGGUCCGUUUUACGGGGGAAUAAUACUAUUUAUUUGUAAGGAAACUUUUGUACAUAUAGCAUUUACCUAUUGUUCUUUUAUCAAAUGGCAACAUAUAUAAUGUCUUAUAAUCCAUGUUCAGUUUAU